AUGUCGCGAAUUCAUGUGCAGCACUGCUCAACUUCGUUCGCUCUGGAACAAAAGCUUCGUAACUUUUGGGAGAUCGAGGAAAUUCCUCGUAAAUCCGCUCUCAGUCCUGAAAAACAACUCUGUGAGGAUCAUUUUGUGACCUCAUGUGCUCCCAACGGACGCUACGUGGUCCGUCUUCCCUUUAAGAAAGGACAUUCGAUCGACAUCGGUACAUCUCGCCAAACCGCCGAACGGUCGCUCCAACAACUGCAUCGCAGACUGAAGACGCAACCUUUGCUCGCAUCCGAAUACAUUAACUUCAUUCGUGAAUACGAGAAUCUCGGGCAUAUGGGACAGGUCGAGGAUGCGGAUAUCAUCGCUACUCAAUGCAUUUACAUACCGCAUCACCCGAUUCUGCGGGAACACAGUAGCACUACAUAUUUGAGAGUGGUAUUCAAUGCAUCAUGCGUCAGUUCGAAUACGUCUCUCAAUGAGCGUCUGCUUCCUGAUCCGAAACUGCACUGA